CUGUACAUAGGAUGGUUGAUGAAUUGGACGAACCUCAGAAAUGAACCCGAAAUGGUUGUUUCUUUUGUUUCUAAAGACUUUAGUUAUAUCUGAAAACCAUGGAUGUAAGGAUUGUUACAGUUUUCAAUGCAUGAAUAAAAAUAUUACCAGGAACCAAAUAACAGAUAAUUGCUUAUGCAUAACUUCAAAUGAAAUAAAAACAACUAAAUCAUUAAAAUGCAAAUGUGUCAGUGAUGGAACUAAUCGCAAUGUUUGGAUGGAUUUUGUUUGCACACGUUCCUCCAGUACAGCCAGUAAAUUAAACACAAUUCUUUUGGAAAAUACAAAAAGCACGAUCGAAGUUUAUUUAAACCGUUCUUGCAUCUCUUUGAUUUUCAGUAAGGGAUUACUAAAGUAUAGAAUAAAAUUGUUCUGUAGAGGAAAUGGGCUCGGUGUGAAAUGUAAGUGUAAUGUUCCAGUGGACAAUGAACUUGGGCAUACAGUAAGUUCAAAGGAUUUAUCAUUAAGUGACAAUGGAAACCAGGAUUCUCCAUUGAUGUCAUGGAAUGACAGAGAUAAGAGAGAUGUUGAUGAUGUUGUUAAUACUACUCAGAUUUCAGUUGAAAACACAUCAGCACAGAAUAAUAAAAUGACAACAAAGCUGACGACCUCCAUACUCUCAAAGGGUUCAACCGAAACAGACACAAUUGCUAGUACAACACAAACGAGUAAGCAGGGACGUACUGUUACAUUAUCACAUCUUACAGCAACAACAGGUCAAUAUAUUACAAUAACAGACAAUAAACUAACUGUAACCAGUCAUAAGGCUCAAGCAAGUCAACACAACACCAUACAUACAAUAACUAAUCACCAGGUUUUGUCGACAGAGUCAUACUUUACAAGUGAAACGGAAAACACAACGAAGCAGAUAGGCGCCGCACUACCGAAAAACAAGAAAGGCGGAUCUCCAGCCGCUAUUGCAGUCGGGGUUGUCGUUCCUAUUCUAAUUUUGACAUUAAUCGGAGUUGUAGUUUAUAAAUGGUACAGGCGAAAAUAUCCCGUUCGUAUGGUUCUUGGUAAAAACUUUUCUAAAUUUCAAAAUCCGGUGUAUAACAAAAAGACAUCGACCUUAUCAUUGGUCAGGAGUGUUCCAUAUGAUGCCCCGUAUUCAGGUGGUGAACAAGAUGGUGGCCAUGAUAACCCAUCAUUGGAUAUGGAAUAUAGAGAUCUACAGCCUGUAAAUUUUAGUACAAGUUAUGAAAAUGCCGAGUCUUUAACAGAAAUAAACGAAGUUCCAAAGAAACCUCCACGAUCGAAGAAAAGAAUUUCCGUGAUGUCAACGGAGUCUACAGACAGUAGAGUCAUGUCUGCGUUUUUACAAGAAGCAUUAAGUGAGGCAGAUUCAGAGAGCGAGAACACAAAUGAAAGCAAUAAAACUAAGAAGAAAAUAUCAGUAGAUGUUGAUAUGAGAAAGAAUAUUUCUCGAGUUUCUGUAGAAAGCGUUGAAAGUGAAAACGAUUUGCACACCAGCGAUGAUGAAAGCAACGAUGAACGAACUUAUGAAAACAUUACUAUUUCAAGUAAGAAAGGAAAAGAAAAUUCGGUACCAGACCAAUCUUACGUGGAAACGAAAUCAAGAGAUGACGAAGAAAAUUAUGAGGAAAUGGAAACAAUAAAAACCGAAAAAAAGUUGUCAGAUGAAAAUGACGAAUACGAUAUUGUUACUGUUGAUGAAUCGGACACAAAUAAUGCAACCAAAAUCAUCGUUGAAACAACAGAUCAGGUUGACAAUUCAGACAAUUCGGAUGCUGAUUACGAAAAUUUUGAAAUGAGAUCAGAAAACAAUGAAAUCAUCGAAGAGGGCAUCGAUAUUGAAGGAAUACAGUUAGACGAAAUUGAUGGCAAAGAAAUUCACGGUUCAUUUGAUGAAGGAGGAAAGAAGAAAAAGGUUAAGGUUACAUUUGAGGAAAACGAAAUACUUGGGUCAGAUGAGGAAAGCAUUGCUAGUAUUAAUUCGUCUGACGUCAAAGAUGAAAAUUUUGUUGAAACACACUCAAACAAUUCUGGAAUUCGUCGGUCGGAAAACAAUGAAAAUGAUUUUGUUGAAACUAAGAAAGUCAUCAAAGUAAGUGAAAUGCCUUCAUUGCUUCAAGCGUUGGCCAAAUCUGAAUCACGUGCAGUAGUUAUGGCUAGCGCAAAUAAAGAAAAAAGAACGAUUGCUUCUGAUCAAUUGGACGUCCAUGAGAAAAUUGCCGUGAAUCAAAAUAAAUCUAGGAUCUUUUCCGAUGAUAGCGAAUCAGAAAAAGAUACAGAUAGUCACAAAUCGGACGAAUUUACCAAGAUUAACGAUACAGGUAUCGAUCAAACAUAUUUGCAUACUCAAGAAGAUUCCAGGGAACCCAUUGUAAAAUCGGUUAGUACUUCUGAUUCAUCGGAAAACGGUUCUAUGGAUGAAUUUGAAAAUCUAAAUAAUAUGAAUGAGACUAUUGGACAACACGGCAACAAAGAAAAUGACAAUAAAGAACUAACAUCUAUACCGCCAUUGCCAAAUAUACAACCUCCAGAUUUACAAAAUUUUCAAUCGAUGAUUUCUUCAGAUUUUGUUAUGACAGAGACACCAAUAGACGUAGCAGAUGCCAGUUCAGGCGAUGAAUCUGCGUCAUUUUCCAAUGGCAGGCAAGAACAUAUAAAUGCUGAUUCCACCUUUGAAGCCACCUCAAUACCUCCAUUACCGUUAACAAAACCUCCCCCAACAUUUGAACAAAAUUCAAAUGAUAGUUAUAAUGUUUUCGAAGACCAUUCGAUAUCAAACGUUGACAGCGACAGCGAAAACAAAUCUGACAUGAGUGAAAAUCACCCGACACCUCCGAUUCCAGCAUCCCCGCCGCCAAUAUUUCAGCAGAACCAAACAGAAUUUCCUUACGAUUCGUUUACAGUAAUGACGAAGCCAGGUGGAAUCCAUACUGAGGACCAAUCUCAAAAUAAGCAAUUAGGCUCGUCUAUGGAUGAUAUGGAUGAUGAAUAUGAUGUUCUCACUAAUGAUGACUUGAUAUCAGUUUCAUCAGAUCCAGAUGAACUCAUGCAUGAGUCCUACGUUACCAAUACAUCUGCAAAUCCUCAGCUGAUUACAAAUAUUGAAGAGUUACCAGAGGAAUCAGAUGUUGGGUCCGAUGUCAUUUCUAUCUCGGAUACUAAUAGCGAACCCGGUGAAUAUGAAAAACAGACAGAUACCGCGUUAUCUAGUUCUGCCGUAAAUGCUGAGGUAGAGCAAAGAUUUUCCAAAGUUAUUAGUAGUCCCAAAAUAAACUUUUAUGACGCUGAAACCAAUACAAAAGUUAUCGCUAGUCCUAAAAUAAACUUUGAUGACACUGAUUCAUACAACGAAAAGAGUGAUACUGAUAGCGAGUCUUCAGUGUAAAUUUUAAAUUUCAUAUAUUAAUAAUAAUAGUUAUUUAUCUAAAAUCGUUUUGUAAAUCAUGCAUCCAAAAACUCGCGGUAAAAACAACACUUAAACUCAUGUUAAUGUAGUGCAUUGGUGACUAUAAUGACACCAUACAGGAAAAGUUCAAUGAGACAGCAAUCAACCAACUCAAGCUCACAGAAGAAAUAAACAUCUAUUGACUGAUA